UAACAAGUAUCUUUAACCAAAAAAAGUACCCCCAACAAAGAUAUGAAAGUGCCAACAAGGCAAGGGGAAGAAAGUGACAACUGUCACACUGGUAAAAAUAUAAAUGGCUGAGAACAAUAGACUGAAUAGAGCCUCAUCCUAAAUGUAUAUAUGUUAGAUAUUAGAUAAGGUGAUAAUGCCACGUGCCACCAUUUCCAGUCACCUCCCCCUUUCCUACUCAACUCUUCUUACUUCUCUCUACUCCAAGUCUCCAACCUUUCUUCUCGUCAAUCUCUCCAAUUUCCACCAUUCCACAAUGAGCUUAGCAUCUCCCACCACACUCCUAACCCCAACUCCCCUCUCCAAGCCCAAACUACAACACCCACCCACCUCCGCCGCCCUCCAACCCCACGCGCCACCGCAGCCCCCACAACCCCAACCCAUCACCCGCCGCAACUUGCUAUCCUCCUCCGCCACCUCCGCCGCCUGGCUGGCGGCCGCGAUCUCCCCGGUCCCCGCGGCUCUGGCGGCGCCCGACGAGGAGUACGUGAAGGACACGAAGGAGGUGAUCGGGAAGGUGAGGACGACCAUCACGCUGGACAGGAACGCGCCGAACGUGGCCGACGCGGUGGCGGAGCUGCGGGAGACGUCCAACUACUGGGUGGCCAAGUACAGGAAGGAGAAGGCGUUGUUGGGCCGGGCUUCCUUUCGGGACAUGUACUCGGCGCUGAACGCGGUGUCGGGUCACUACAUCAGCUUCGGCCCCACCGCGCCGCUGCCGGCCAAGCGGAAGGCCAGGAUUCUGGAGGAGAUGGACACCGCCGAGAAGGCAUUGUUGAGAGGCAGAUAGAUAGACGACGUCGUGUUGGGCGUCUGCUAUUCUUACAUCAUUUUGUCUGUUUGAGCUUGUAAGUUAAAGCUUAUAUUAAGCAUAUAAAACUUGAUGAGGCUGUGGUCUUGAAGGUGAUGCUAAUUGCCAUACGAGAACGUCCUGUGGUGCUAUAUGCCCUUGUUUUCACAAUGUAAUACAUCUAGUUGAAAAAGAAAUAACCAUAACUCGAUUUAUCUAGCCAACUCGGUCUAAUCCAUUUGAAUUUAUCGCUGAAAUUAAGGUUUAAGGUUCCAGGUCAUACAAUUCUUAGACAUCCAUUCGAAUUUAUCGCUGAAAUUAAGGUUCCAGGUUAUACAAUUCUUAGACAUCCACUUAAUUCGUGUUACGGUUAUCGUCAUGGAUUUUUUGUAUUUAGAAUGCAGUUAUGUCCUAUAUUAGCAUAUUUGUGAGGGAAUUAGGAUAUUUUGUCACAUUGGACGUAUUCAAUAUAUGUUAUGGUUCAUGUUUAUAUGCUAAACAAUGUUAGAGAAAUAACAUGUUAUGGAUAUAUUAGUUUAUAAUGAUGGACAAGUUUUUAGCUUAAAUCGAUAAGCAAUUAUAGAAAAUAUUAGAUAUAUGUUCAAAAAAAUUUAAAUUCACAAUAUCCAACCUACAUUUUCUGUGUAUUUUGAUUUAUUUGCUUUGCCGCUUGAAAUUGUAGUUAGUUAUAUAAAAAAAAAAUUAGUAUUUGGAUGAAUUUUUAUUUAAAAAUAUAGUUCAUCCGACUUUACCGAACCCAAUCAUAAAUACAUUGUACUAUUUUUA